UUUUGUUGUGGAGGGCGGACUGGCUUGGACUUCAGCAGUUGCGGCUCCUGGGAGCCACAACACAAGCGCAAUAGUUGUGGCGCAUGGGCUUAGUUGCUCUGCAGCAUAUGGGACCUUCCCAGAUCAGGGGUCGAACCCCAUGUCUCCUGCGUUGGCAGGAGGGUUCUUUACCACUCAGCCCCCAGGGAAGCCCUAAAUAUGUUUUGUAUAAAACUCCCAUUACUGGUAAGUGGCAUCCUUGUUGGGUGUUUGCAUAACUGAUGUUAGUUUGGAUGGAGUCUUAAAUAUUUGAGUAUUUAAGCAAAUUGUUUGGUGGUUAUUUUGGCCCAUGGUAAAAUGCCUUCCAGGACAGUCUUAAGCCUGGUAUCAGUAAUUUCUAAAACUUUCUUGGUCCAAGUCUAAUUUGUGCAUUUUAGAACUUAGUUGCUAAACAUCCCUGAUAACUGAGACUAUCAGAUGUACAACAAAAAGGCUUAGUUGCAGUGUAUUUUUAGAUGAGUCACAGGGUAUAUAAAGAAUUCCUCAGUGUUCUUUGGAGUCUUUUAUAUUUAUCCUACAUUCAUGUUUGUGUGAUGCAUGAAAAAAAACAAAAACAUUUGCCAGAGCCAGUUCAGUCCAAGGCAUGAGCCAAGGCCAGUUCGCGCCAGCUCCCUGUAUCCUGUCAGCAUGAAGCAUGGCUCAUGGCCUCUGGCCAAAGUGUUUAACAUUAUCACUUCUCUCACGUGGGCUUCCCAGGUAGUGCGAGUGGUUAAGAAUCCACCUGCCAAUGCGGGAGACGCAAAAGACACGGGUUCGAUCCCAGGGUCUGGAAGACCCCCCUGGAGGAGGAAAUGGCAACCCACUCCAGUAUUCUUGCCUGGAAAAUUCCAUGGGCAGAGGAGCCUGGCAGGCUACAGUCCACAGCACCGCCAAGAGUUGGACACGACAGAGCACACAUUAUUGUCUGGCGCAGGAAGGGGAAGACGUGGAGCCGGCAUCUGCUGCACAUGUCCUAAAGGUGGGCCAGCCAUGAGAGGGUACCUUGUGGCCAUCUUGCUGAGUGCCGUCUUCCUGUAUUAUGUGCUGCAUUGUAUAUUGUGGAGAACAAAUGACUACGGGGUGACACCUAUGGACAUGAAGCAAAGGAGUAAGAUCCAGCCUUGUUCAUCAAAGCCAGCUUUUGCCUCUCUCCUGAGGUAUCAUCAGUUUCACCCUUUUCUGUGUGCAGCUGAUUUUAAAAAUACUGUUUCCUUCUACGGUAGCGAUAAGUUUGAUUUGCCCUAUGGGAUAAGAGCAUCAGCCACAUACUUUCGACUUGCUCUUUCGAAACUGCAGAAUUGUGGUCUCUUUGAUGAGUUUGACAAUGUGCCGUGUAAGAAGUGUGUGGUGGUUGGUAAUGGAGGAAUAUUGAAGAAUAAGACAUUAGGAGAAAAAAUUGACUCAUAUGAUAUAAUAAUAAGAAUGAAUAAUGGUCCUGUUUUAGGACAUGAAGAGGAAGUUGGAAGAAGGACUACCUUCCGACUUUUUUAUCCAGAAUCUGUUUUUUCAGAUCCUGAUCACAAUGACCCUAAUACUACGGUGAUUCUCACUGCUUUUAAGCCUCUUGAUUUAAAGUGGCUGUGGGAAUUGUUGACAGGUGGCAAAAUAAACCCUAAUGGUUUUUGGAAGGAACCAGCUUUAAAUCUGAUUUAUAAACCUUAUCAAAUCAGAAUAUUAGAUCCUUACAUCACCAGAAUGGCAGCUUAUGAACUGCUUCAUUUCCCGAAAGUGUUUCCCAAAAAUGAGAAACCCAAACACCCAACCACAGGCAUUAUUGCCAUUACCUUGGCAUUUCACAUAUGUCAUGAAGUUCAUCUUGCUGGCUUUAAGUACAACUUUUCUGACCUCAAGAGUCCUUUGCACUACUAUGGGAAUGCCACCAUGUCUUUGAUGAGUGAGAAUGAAUAUCACAAUGUCACUGCGGAGCAGCUCUUUCUGAAGGACAUUAUAGAAAAAAACUUUGUAACCGACUUGACCCAACAGUAACCCUACAGACUCAGAAGAUAAUGCUAACAGUAUUUUUAUUUUUAUACUGCAAUUUUUAGUUUAUUUUUAAAUAUGUUGGAUGUACUUGUCAAGAAAUUAUGUGUAUUAAGUCUCUUGCUGCCUGGUGAUUCAUAACCACCAGCUUAAUUUCUGUGAAUAUAUUUAAUUUAUGGAAACCAAGACAUUAAGAUAUCAGGGAAAGUGAACUUUUCAUUGCGUUGUUUAAAAAUAAGCUAGUUUUCUGAGGUGUUUUUAACUAUAGUUAGUUCAUCUUAGACUUCUGAAGGGCUGUGACUUCCUAGUAAGUAAGGGGGUUUAAGCUUACUACGACAAAUUUUGAAUGUAACAGGACAUGUUGAGAGGUUCAUCUGGCUACUGUAAACUGUUAGGAACUGGUGUGCGGCAGUUCCUUGAUGUAGUGUACUGGACCCACUUCAGGUGUAUAACUCUAGUUCCUUUUAGUUAUACCCGAGGAGCCGGACUGGAAUCUUAAACCAGACCUGAGGCAUGCUUGGUUAUGGAAAUCUAAGAUCAUACUGACUGAAUUAAGCAUUUUUCUCCUGCAGUUAAGUAAACCAUGAUUAUGAUCAGUAGUUUGGUAGAAUGAAGAUUUUUUUUUUUUUUCCCCAAGUCAAAAGAAACAGGAUAAACAUGAAACUCUGGAUAAGUAAAUAACCAAAGACUGCAAUUCUUCAAGUCUGGUGACUUCAUUAUUUUAAAGAAAUAAAGUUUAAAGAAGCUGAAGUAGGCAAGCUCAAGAAGAAAACUUUUAAGCGGUAUUUUUUGCCUGGCUUAUUAAUUCAUUACGUUUUCGAAGCUUAUUUGAAGUAAAGUAAAAAAGACAAGACAAGAAACAAAGAAGACAAGAAUGAGUAAACCUUUAAGAGUCGAGCUGUUUCUGGAUUUCAGUGGCACUUUCAUGACAAGACCAGCUGUCCACAUGAGUCAGUCACAUCUUCAAAUGGAAAGCUUGCCUAGGGUGCGCCAGAAAAGACUUGUGGGAUGCAGACAAGCCAGGUGGACUAAAGUGUGCCAAAAAAGAAGAGGAGGCGAGGAGGAGAAGAAACUAGUUACAAGUUGGAUUACAUGAGAACUGAUGCCACAGUUGACCUAAAAAUAUCCAACUCUUAGAUAUUACAGUUUAGGGAUUUCAAGUUCAGAACCAAAAGGCAUAGCCAGUAGGUAAUUUUUUUUUUUUUUUUAAUAAAUAGAAUUUCACUGA